AUGACACAGGACUCCCCACCCCCGGCUUACGUCUGCGCGGGAGGGGAACCUGCAGGGAGGAAGCCCGGGGGCGCCAUCUCCCCGCAGGACGACAGUGAGAUCUGCGUCCAGAGCAAGAAGUGCAAGAGUGGGUGCUGUCGCCGGGAGACCGAGGGCUGCGAGUCGCACUGCGCCCCCUAGGGGUCCGAGGGCAGCACGCGUCACACGCAGGUGGGUGGUGGCGCCCCCUGGGGGGCCGGCGGGGUGAGCGGGGAGGACCCCCGGAAAGGAGGGGCAGGGGCGGACCCGGAGCCCAGGGGAGGGUGCGGGGUCGGCGACGGCGACCCGGAGCGGGGAAUUGCUGCGACGGCACCUCCCAGCCGCUUGGGGGAGCCUGUGGACCGACCCAAGGUGGGACCGCACGCCAGGGGCUUGGAAUCCAGAUGGGGUCCCUUAAGCCCAGGCUCCUCUGCUGUGUGCAAGCAGAUGGUCUUGCAGGGGAGCACUUGCAGGGGAGUGAAGGCUGCCCCCUCAGGGCUGAGGGCAACGCAGCCCCCAAGGUCAAGGUCAAAGUCCUGUCUUUCGCAGACAUUCCUGGGUCUGUAUAACGAGUGCCCCCGCCUGCCGAACCUGACGUGUGUAUUUCCGAAGAAUGAGAAAUCAUUUAACAUCAUCUAUGGCCGUUGUAAGAAAAUUGAAAAAAGGAAGUCAGCUAAGAACAUUUUCUUCUAACGCUCCCUCUUUGCUGCCUUCCCCACCUCCUCCAUCUACUCCUACGCCUCCCCAAAUUUGUGUUCUUGCCCCUAGCCCUCAGAGCCUCCACCAGCAGGGGAGGGGCAGGGAGGGAGGGAGGGAUGAUGCGCCAUCACUGGAAUAAAGACUUUUCAGUGUUUGCUGCCCCUGGUGCCAGGGGCUGGGGAGGCGUGGCUGGGAU